CCGUAGCUCAUUGAUCUCUCGACCUUCUGCGAAGCCGAAAUAUUCACGAAAGGCGAAAAAAAAAAUAUUGAAUUCGAGCCGUUUGGCUAAGGAGCAGCGUCAAGAGAGGCUGGUUGUGCAACUAGCGUAGCACAUCUUCAAGCUGCUCCUUUCGAAGAAUCGUGACAUUGUUUAAUGGAGGCCGUUUUGAACUGCAGACCCGAGGAUUUGGAAGACUAUUACGCUUUAUUAGGAUGCGAUGAGUUAUCAUCGACUGAACAGAUUCUCAAUGAAUACAAGAUCAGAGCCUUGGCAUGCCACCCAGACAAGCAUCAAGGCAACCCCAAAGCAGUGGCAGAGUUUCAAAAACUACAGGAAGCCAAAGAGGUGUUAAGCAAUGACACGAAAAGAAAAAACUAUGAUCUAUGGAGGAGAAGUGGCGUUGCUAUCCCAUUCCAUGACUGGCAAGCCUUAAACGACUCUGUAAAAACGUCAAUGCAUUGGGCGGUGAGAAAUAAGAAGGAGCCGAUGCUGGAGGCCGCAAAGGCAGAAACACCAAUCACAUCCAAUCCAGAGGACCUUUAUUGUCAGCAGGAAGCACCGGGGAUUGUCUCAAGUGAAUCCAUGCAAUCUUCAAGCGAUUACUGGCAUCGUCGUUUCCGCUGGACUGCUGACUCACCAUCUUGUUUGCUGCAGAAGUUCCGUAAUUAUGACAUUUGAAUACAGUCCAGCACAUUAUACCCUGUUACUUGUAGUAACAUUGUUUGUGGACAUGGUCAAGCUGUGAUGUCAUUCCGUCUGUAAGGUAGAUUGGUUAAAUUUGGACGCUAACCAAAUCAUAUGGAUGUUAGUAUCUGUGGUUUUGUGUUCAUAUAUCCAAAAUUUGACAUUCACGACAUUAUUGAGCGAAAUGGAUGAACAUUCUUUUAGCUCCAUAAAAGACACAAUAAUAUCAAAUGAAACUGUUCAUUUGAAGUGUUUAUAUUUUACCUAUCAUGUAAAUACAAUAUACAAAUGCUCCUUUAUUUAUAUGUGCCUUGCAAUUGACCAAUCCAGUAUGUCUUGCCAAAGUCAGCUAGAAUAGGCUCCAACUCAUCUAUUUUAACACACAAAUUAGAACGAGUGAAGCCGUUCGGAUCAUGGAAGGAUGGAUGGUAUAGAAAAUGAAUGGAUGCAUACUUGACCGACAGCAUUGUCAAGAGAAGCGGUAAUUAAAAUAUGUCCUAUUCUGGGUGU